GGACAGUAGAGCACUGGGGUAAUGUUGUAGUUUGCAGGAGCUGCUUGGAGCAGGACGUGAGGUGACCUGCUCGCUUUACUUCCUGCCUUGUUCUGCCUGUCCUGCUAAAAGAAAGAAAGAAAAAAAAAGUCAACAUGGUCCAGCGAAACUAACUAACUAGCAACCCGGUGGUGUUGUUGGAUAUCCGAGGCGCUCACCGCAAUGAAUUAUGGACACCCUCUGACCUUGCAGGCAUCCUUACACCGUCUUGCGUCCCAUGUACUCUUUUUUAACUUCCUACCUUGGAUCGGGCUGAAGAGUGAAGUACAUUCCUGCAGGAGUCGAGGGCUGCUGUCUUAAGCUUAACGAGAAACCGGCCCGCUCACACUAUGCCCGCCAAGAUGGCCGCCAGAUCUUCCUGCCCUCACUGGAACCACUUGGGACAAGGAUGUGGGUUGAAAUGGUGAUCAUAUUCAAGAAAACACUGGAAAAGAAGGGUGUCGACGAUGUAACCUCAAAAAAUACAGAUUUGGAUCAGUUCCAGUUCCAGGCACAGACCAUGACCCAGGGGACUGCACUUUUCUCUUGUGGACUCAUGGAGACGAGCCGCUGGCACGAGGUGGGUCACAGCUGCUCCAUACAGCAGAGGCCAGUUGGGACCAGCCUGGAGAGCCUGUGGGAUGUCCUGCCGGAGGUGCACAAGACAUCUACCCACUGGGAUUGGGAUGUGGGCUCCACCUCGAGCACAAUCACCAGCUUGUUGCAGGAUCUAAACCUGACCGAGGCGGCCUCCUCGCACUCUACCGCCCCCCCUAGCAAGCGGCAGUGCAGGUCCCUGUCUUGCUCGGACGAGCUGGGUGGCUGCCGCUCCACCUGGCGGCCUCAAGGCUCUCGUGUGUGGACGACGGUGGAAAAGAGGAGGUGCCACAGUGGAGGCAGCGUCCAGCGUGGCGGUGUCACCAACUCUACCCUCGGCUUCCCGGCUAUGCAGCGCAGCUCCAGCUUCAGCCUCCCCACCCGCUCUAACACCCAUGAGCUGCCCUGCUUUGCACAGCGUCCCCCCUGCUCCUCCGCCUUCUCUAGCCUGACGCCCCUCUCCUCGGAGACCCCAGAGCAGCCCCUCUACCUCUCUCACGAACAGAUCUGCCUCCCUGAGCCUCGUGGACCCUCGCCAAACAGCUCCCCUGACUCCACUCCAGAGCUGGAGCGCCGCGGCGGACAGGGGGGGCUAGCCAGGAGUCGCUCGCAGCCUUGUGUCCUAAACGACAAGAAGAUCGGCGUGAAGCGCAGAAGACCUGCUGACACACAGAGGCCUUCUUUGGACCUGGCCAAGAUGACACAGAAACUUCAGAAUUUCCACAGUCUCAGCUGCCCUGGAAUCACAGGAGAGGACGUCUGCGAGUCCAGCCGGACCCUCUCGACUCUCAGGAGCCUCACUCAGUGCGACACCGACUACUCAAAUGAAUUGGAUGUUCAAACUCAGACCAAAGAGGGCCAGAUCACCAGAAACGCGACGACAGACCGCACCAUUGAGGAGGCGGGCUGGACCUCCACAGACUACGGCGACCUCACGCCCGGGACGACCAAUGGGAAGGAUAGUGAGUCUCUGUGGGCGGGGCUUUGUAGCAUGAGGAAGGAUGUGUAUCAGCUGGGAGGCGAGCUGGACAUUGAGCAAAUUGAGAGGAACUGAGCUGGACCGGCCUCCUCUUGUGGAAGUUAAUGUAGCGGACUAAAAGGUUUUAUCACCACGUGGCGCAGUGAACAGUACUGAUAGUCUUAAGGACAAAGCAAGUGGAGAGCUAAUGCCAUGAGCAAUCCAGCACUUGUUUUAUUUUUCUCAAGGAGGUGACUGGGCAGACCCUUGGGGGUUGUUAAGUCCAUUUUCGGGAACUUUGUGUAGUUAGGAACUCCUUCCCAACUGUGUGGGAAUCUCAACUGUGUCUCAGGAGAUCAAGAAAAGUAAGAACGAUGGAUUCAGGCGACAUGACAGAACUGAUUAAAAAAAAAUUAGGCUCAGACACUGGGGUCUUUAACAUUUCUGUGUAACCCUGAUUACCUUCAUUGUGCUACAUUUGAAGAGAAUUCACAGCAGGUAUGUUUAAGUUCUCUGCACUAGAAACAUGACUCGUCACUCUGACCUCCUUCGGUCAUACGUUGGUACAUGAUGGACAGAAAUGGAGACUUCUCCUGUUAGCAAAGCCCCUUACACUCUUAACUGAGCAACAAGCUGCACGCACACACAGCCUGUAAAGUGUAUCGAGUUAUCAUUUCAUACAUUAACAUCAGGCUUCUCUCUGAGAUCUACGCUCCCGUUUUGUCGAGAGAGGCCUCGUGAUGCUAACAGCGUUAAUAUUCUUUUCUUUUUACUAUUUGUAACUACAAAGUUAUGUAAAACAUGAGCAUAUUUCUAUAUGAAUAAAACACAGUUUUCAAUGUGUCAUUUGAAAUCA